GUGAUAUCUCUGUACAAUAAAACCAGCACCUAUGGAACAGUACAGGCAACCAUUUGUGGAGGGAUGGGAGUUUGUUCAAACUCUGGGCGAAGGUGCUUAUGGAGAGUAAGCUAUAUGAAAUAACAUUGCUCUAUCAUAUAGGCCAGGCCUACAGUUAGUAUUUUUUUUUUCUGAAGGUUGUUAAGUUACAUUUUCAUUUUUUAAAAUAAAUAUUGCCUGUAGAAGAAUAAUUGUAAAUUUACAGUUUCAUCAUUUUUUCCAUGUCACAUUUUUGUUUCUGUUCAUUCUACAGAGUUAAACUUGCAGUGUGUCGAGCAACUAUGGAAUGUGUGGCUGUAAAGAUAAUACAUUUGACUAAUACUUCUGUGGAAGAAAAUGUGCGGAAAGAGGUUAGGGAGAACUUCUAAUACAUAUUUAAAUCAAGAUGUUGAAAAAUACAAAUUUACAGCUCUUAGGUAAACCUUUACUAAAGAAAGAACAGAGCAUUAAAUAAUUGACUGGACUUAAUCUGCAACAAAGUAUCUUUGCUUAUUAAAUUAAACAAUACUAUUUUGCUUUGCUCUGAGUGAGGAAGAGCUGCUGGCAAGAUCUGGUGAUAUGAAAUGUACUCAGUGUCUCAAAUAUCAGUGCAAUAAUAUUUAAUCCCCUGUUCCAUUCCUACAUUAGAAAUUGACAUUUGAAAUUUCUUAAAUACAUACAUUUAGUAAUUUACUAUUGAUGAAAAUAAUCUUUCACAAUCAGUUUUAGUAGUUGAGUAAGUUCACUGUCGCUUAUGAUGUACAUCUACUUUAUGGAUGUAGUUGAUGUUUGAGUAGUUGAGUGAGUUCACUGUCGCUUAUGAUGUACAUCUACUUUAUGGAUGUAGUUGAUGUUUGAGUAGUUGAGUGAGUUCACUGUCGCUUAUGAUGUACAUCUACUUGAUGGAUGUAGUUGAUGUUUGAGUAGUUGAGUGAGUUCACUGUCGCUUAUGAUGUACAUCUACUUGAUGGAUGUGUACAUCUACUUGAUGGAUGUGUACAUCUACUUGAUGGAUGUGUGCAUCUACUUGAUGGAUGUGUACAUCUACUUGAUGGAUGUGUACAUCUACUUGGUGGAUGUGUACAUCUACUUGAUGGAUGUGUACAUCUACUUGAUGGAUGUGUACAUCUACUUGAUGGAUGUGUACAUCUACUUGAUGGAUGUGUACAUCUACUUGAUGGAUGUGUACAUCUACUUGAUGGAUGUGUACAUCUACUUGAUGGAUGUGUACAUCUACUUGAUGGAUGUGUACAUCUACUUGAUGGAUGCAGUUGAUGCCUCUGAAUAGUCUACCUUUCUGGAUUUUUAUUGAUUGGAAAUGUAAUUUUAUUUACAGAUUUGCAUUCAUAAGAUGUUGGACCAUAAAAAUAUUAUAAAAUUUUAUGGAUAUCGACAUGCAAAGGGCAUUGAGUAUUUAUUCCUUAAGUAUGCUAGUGGAGGAGAGCUGUUUGAUCGAAUAGGUGAGUUUUUUGGCAUCAUAAUGUUUUAUAGCUUGAUUUAUUAUUGUAUACCUGAAAUUUACCUAUGUUUAGUUUGAAAGAAAGUUAAAAUGAUCAAUAUUCAUUUGACAAAAAACAAAAUAUUGUCUGGAAUUAUACCAAAAAAAUGUGUUUUAUCAUUUUGAGAUAGAAGUUUAAUAGUUAUGAAAUGGUUAGACACAUGAUGAGUUAAAGUUGCUUCUUUAAGUUGUUGUCAUUUUUGUUGGGUUAUUUGAUGUCUUUGUGAGUCAGGAUAUUGAUUGCAAUAAGUCAAUAUUUAAACCUACAUCAAUAAAAUUGUCUGCUGUCUUUUAAAUUCCCUAUCUGAGGCCCAUUUCCCCCAUCAUUUUCCAAGAAUACUUUUAGUUGCUAAUAAGAUAUUUUAAUAUGUGCCGACAUCUGCGCUGCAACUGGUUUGAUAGAAGAAAAUCAUUUUGAAGGUCACUCUGAAUAUUUUUUAGUGAAGUGUUCUAUAGAACAUCUUCUGGAAACUUUGACUUUCUUUAAAUUUGUUUUGAAAAUGUUAUUUAUUUAUUAUUAUUUUAUUUUGUUUUUGGCAGAGCCUGAUAGAGGUAUGAAGUUAAGAGAUGGACUCAAAUAUUUUCAUCAGCUUAUUGAAGGGGUGGUAUGUGUUUUUAAGUUUAAAAUAACUAUAUAGCCAAUUUCACUUUUUUAAAAUGUGUAUGGACCUAACAGCCUUAAUUUAUAGCUUUGUAGACAAAACAUUCAUAUACAUUUUUUUUCAUGCCAAUUAAAGAAUUGGGAACAUGCUCUUCAUCAGGAAUAUUUACACAGUCGUGGUGUGUGUCAUCGGGAUUUAAAGCCUGAAAAUUUACUUUUAGAUGAAAAUGGUAAGCUAUGUAACUAAUAGAAGUGAAGUGAAUUCAACAUUUUUACCAAAUAGUCUUUUUGUAUUUCAAAUUUGUCAAAGUUGGUUGCACAAAUUUAAAUAAAAAAUUAUAUAAUUUUUAUUUGCGGCUAAAUUGUAGACUGUAGGGUAUUGUUAUAAAAUGUUUUAUAUAUAUAUAGAGAGAGAUUACAAUAGCUUUUUUACUAUUGUAAAUCUGAUUUAGAGUUUUGAAAACAACAAACUUAAAAGUCACCGGGGUAAGUUUCUGUGAGAAACAUCUUUGCAUAGUUUUUAAAUUACUCUCCUUUAUAUCAUUGGACUCUUUGUUUUAUUCUAGUUGUACUUCAAACUCUUUGUUUUGUUCUAGAUGUACUUCAAAUCACAGAUUUCGGCAUGGCAACUGUGUUUAAGUACAAAGGUGUCGAAAGAGAAGUCAGUCGUAUGUGUGGCACUAAACCGUACACAGCACCUGAAGUGUUGAAGGGUGCACCCUACAGAGCCGAACCAGCCGAUGUUUGGUCAUGUGCAAUUAUACUGGUCACUCUUCUAGCUGGAGGUGGGUUGUAUCUGCAUUGUCAUUGGGUCAUCCAAUGGUUAAAUUUAACAUCAGUCUUAGAAAGCAGAAUUUUAUAGAAGUAUCAGUGCUUACGUCAUACAUAUUUAACAAGAAAAAUUUAUGAGUUCUUUUGUUUGUUUUUUUUUAAAUUUAGAAUUACCAUGGGAUGUCCCUAUAAUGAGAGACAGGUUAUACAGACAGUGGCGAGAACGAUGCAUUACUAAAGAGCCAUGGAAGAAAAUGGACACCCUGGCUUUGUGUGAGUAUUACUUUUAAAAGACCUUGAACAUUAACCCACACACUGUGAUCCCCAGGCACUGUGAUCCCCAGGCCCUGGGAUCCCCACGCACUGUGAUCCCCAUGCCCAGUUAUCGGUGAAGAGUCAAUACAAUAUGACUUGCUCUAUUAAAAUUUGUUGAUACAAUGUUAUCUCGUCAAAACUCAACACAAAUCCUGGCCUUACCAUGAAAAAUAUGAACUUGAAUCCAAGUUAUCUAUUAUCUGGUCAUACUUGUCCAAUUUACUGUCUGAAUGUUUGUACAAUCUGGGCCUCUGGGUUCAUUAUUGGUUUUUAGUAUUUUAGUAGAACAUUUGAAAGUCUAAAAUAGCUUUGUCUCAUCAGAACAAAUGCACUUGACAUCAUGGGUUAAUGACAAAUUGCUCUUCCUAAUGCACUGCUCAUUGAUGUGUAUCACUCUCUACAUUGAGACACAAACAAUUUGUGUCAAGAAAGUAAGAGAGGUUAAGCUUUAAUAAUGGUUACACUGAAUACAAAUGCAAACGUUUUGGCAAAUGAGAGCAUCAGGCAACAAAACACAAAACAAAAAAAAUUCAUGUAAGUAUAAAUUACAUGUAUAAUAUAUGUGAAUGUGUGUGUAAUAUAUAAAUGUGUGUGUGUCCUACCAAGUUAUGCCUAAAGAACCUUGACAAAUUUGAUCUAGUUCUAUGAUCCAGCCAUUUUGUUCAAGUGUUUAUUUUAAGUCAACUUCUAUUUGAAUAUGUGAUUGUUACCUUGGUGUGUAUAUAUGUCUUCAUAUUGCAGCUCUCUUUAGAUCAGUGUUGGUAGAAGACCCCAAAAGAAGAUACACUUUGGAGCAGAUCAAGAAGCAUCAGUUCUAUAACAAAAGAUUUAUGUUGCAAGAUGGUAAAGACUCACUGCAAGAUUGAAAUUUAGUAGAUUAGAUUUUAAGGGGCCUGCCAUAAAUGACUGCACACACUGAAGGGUGACAGUGGAUUUUUUUUAGGGUCUCUUAAAACUUCUCUGAAAAAGGGGGGGGGUGUAGGAUGUUGAUUAAAAAUUUGUAAGAAAUGAAAUGUUUUAAAUUUGAUCCCAGUUUUAAAUGAUUAGCAACGUUGGAUAUCAUUAUGUACAGUAGCUCCUUAGCUUGGGAUAUGAUUAUACUUAUACACAGUAGCAUCUUAUCAUGGGAUAUGAUUAUACACAGUCACAUCCCUAUCAUGGAUAUGAUUAUACAUAGUACUUAAUUUUUUUUGUUAUAGUUAUAUAUACUUUAUUAAAAUUAAAGAAGAUUAAGUUAUAAGAAGUGUUGUAACUUAAUUAAAUUUCAUUUGCUUUUAAUCUAAAUUAAACAUUGUUCCAGUAUUAUUUCUUCAAAAUUGUUCCUUCAUAUUGAUGAUAAUAAAAAUGUAAAUGCCAAUUUUUGUCUUAGAGGAAGACAAUUGCACAUGUUCUGGCGGUGUGAAGAGACAGAGGAGAAAUUCAAUCAUGGAUGAACAUGGACAUCUAUCAUCACCACAAGGGUGGCUGGAUGUUGUUGGCGUUCAUAUAAGAGCACAAUUUUGUUGGCGUUCAUAUUAGAGCACAAUGUUGUUGGCGUUCAUAUAAGAGCACAAUGUUGUUGGCGUUCAUAUAAGAGCACAAUGUUGUUGGCGUUCAUAUAAGAGCACAAUGUUGUUGGCGUUCAUAUAAGAGCACAAUGUUGUUGGCGUUCAUAUAAGAGCACAAUUUUUAAAUAAUACUUUUUCUUUUUUUUUUUUUUCUAAAAAUUGUAAAGCUUUACAAGUUCUAAAUAAUUAUUUCACAAGUUCUUUAAUAACUAUAUCACAAGUUCUUUAAUAACUAUAUCACACGUUCUUUAAUAACGAUAUCAUUUUAAGAUUAGAGUUACUCUAAAAGAGAUUUUAAUGAUAAAAGAUGCAGAACACUCAAAAGUCCACCUUAAUAGUUGUGUGUUUUUGUUUUUUUUAAUAUUGUGCUAGUGACAUGACAUAAUUUAAGAUGAUUUCCUAUAUAUUCCUUGAAUUUAGGAUUUUAUCACAACCGGAUAGGCCUAACAAUGAAAAUUCCUUAUCACCACUGGCUGAGGUCAGGCAUCCAAUCAGCUUCUCCCAGCCUGCUCAAUCAGAUGAUUUGCUACUGAGCUCUCAGAUGCCCUGUACCCCUGCAACGUCACAGGUAACCGUAAUACUUGGUUUGUAAACAUAAUUGCACUUAAUGUUGAACUACUUUCUGUUCAUAGUUUGUUUUGAUCUCAUUGAUUAGUAUUUUAGUUAGCAUCUUGCUAGAUAAUUUUGUUUAACAUUUGACUCUGACACAAUUUGUGUCAAGAAGACGAUCUAUAUAGAGAUAUAAACACUUAAGGCGUGGUCUUAUUGCAUUUUAGAACAUGAACAUUUUUUUUAAAAUCUGGCUCCAGCAGACUAUUUUAAGUGUCAUUUAAAACACUUUUUUUUUUAACAGACACCUUUUCAGAAACUUGUGAAAAGAAUGACUAGAUUCUUUGUUCGAACGACACGUCAAGAAACUGUUAAAGAAAUGUCCACAUUUUUAGAGUCUCAUGGAUAUGGUGUCAAGACAAAUUCUACUGUCAUGGUAACUGACAUGUUUUAGUUUAGUAGAUUUUCAUAUUAGCUUUAAAAAUCAAACUUAUGCUUUUAUCAAGGCUUGGAUUAUUCGUUAGUGUGGACUAAGCCUAAUUAGUAAUUUUUAAGGCAUUUUCCCUGCUCGUAACAUUCACAUGCUAAAUUGUUGACAUUAAAUUUAAUUUGCAAUGUACCUCUACAAUUAUAAGUCACAUUGAAAAAUGUCCUUUAUGUCUGUAAAUUGACUUGAAAUGUUUACUGACACUGGGAUCACCCUUAUUUCAAUUUUUUUUUUUACAAGAACAUUUUUAUAGCAGAUUUAUCUAGCUUUAUUGAAAUAGGAGACUUUCUUAUUUACAUUUGGUUCGUUGGCAUAGUGGUUUUGACAAGGCGCUUUCCUUCAGGUUAAACAGAUAUUGCUGUAGAAGGCACUUAAAAAUGCAAGUCUGGGCAACCCAAGACAUUAGCUACAUUUUUUAGAAGUAGUACCGGUAUGUGAUAAUAUAAAGAUGACCCUUAUUUUGGUCCCACUCUUCUCUAUUAUCAAAUACCAACCUGUGAUUUUCUUCUGUAAAAAAUGUCACAUUGCAUACCUUUCUUACUGCAGCUGACCAUUAGCACGGUGGACAAGACAAAAUCUCGUCUCAUCUUUAAAAUUUGCCUCAUUGAUAUGGCAGGGAAUCUACUUGUGGACUUCAGGUUGUCAAAGGUAAUGAAAUGUUCUCAGUUAUCAUAAAUGAAAUGCUCUCAGUUAACAGAUAAAGCAACAUGGUUAUAUUUUAGAAUUUAAGUUCUUUAGUUACUAGUUGUAGUUGUAGACCCCAUUUGUUCAUACACUGCGGCCACCUCUACUUCCUCCCCCUUCCCUUUUUCAUAUUUUGUAUGAGAAAAGCCCAAAUGGUAUAAAACAUGCUCAUAAACCCACCCCAUAAAAUAAUCAGCCAGUGAAACAUUACGUACUGAAGAAUAGCUUGGAUGAGAUUAUGUUGGUUACAUACUGAAGAAUAGCUUGGGUGAGAUUAUGUUGGUUCUAAAAACUAACAAUGGCAGAAGCGUGUAAAUUUUGUUAAGAUCAAAAUCUAUAAAGAGUAUUUAUGGGAUGCUAUCUUCUUAGUCGAGAUGUGUAUGAUUAAAAAAUUGGUGGGUGAGAGAUUCCCAAAAAUGGAGCAUUUAGUAGUUGGACUCUUGAUCAGCUUGAAUUUAUUUUUUACAAGAGAACAAAGAUUUUAAAGAAUAAAUAUACCUGUCUCAUCCUAAGGAGAAUUUAUCAUUCAUAAAUUUGAUUUUGAUAAUUUAAAUUCAUGUUACAUAUUAUGGAAAUUUAGAAAUGUUAACAUUAAGAUUUGUGCACACUUUACAUUACAUUUGUGCACACUUUAAAUUUGUGUACACUUUACAUUCAAUUAAGUAUAAGAAGUCAUUUCUUUGUUUAAGGAGCCAUCAUGUUAAAAAAAUUCAUGCACUAACAAUAACAACCCAUCGUUCUUUUAUAACAGGGGGAUGGUCUCGAGUUCAAACGGCACUUUGUUAAAAUCAAGGAAAAACUCAAACACAUCAUUCGAAAAACUCCACCCACCUGGCCUAUAGGUGUCUCUGUUGAUCCAGAUAUGAGCUCAGAUGGAAACAGAUUAACGGAUGCUACAACGACCACCAACUUAGAACAUUUAACCUCAGGUGCUUUUAUAGUCCAGCCCAUUAUGUCAUCCACCUCUCCCGAAACCCAACAAGAGCCAGCAAGCUCAGCAUCCAGACAGUCAGUCAAACCCUCCACUUCCAAACAAGAAAGACCAACCAAAAGACAGAAGCUAGAAGAAAAUGUUGGGAGAGAUUCAGGGGAGGACAAGGUGGAGCUCAAUAAAUCUCCUAGGACUAAUUGUAAAGGAUUACAAAAGAAUACGACAAUGUGAAUUAAAAAGGCCAAGAAUUUGAACUAUUUUGUCUUCAUAAAAAGGGAAUUCUAUAAAGGAAUAAGAAUAAAGGAUGGGAUAUUAUUUGUUUGUUUUGUUAUCUAAAGUCUUAAAAAAUAAUUAUUGUAAUUUAAAUUGUUCAUGGUUGGGAUUAACAUUGUAAAAACAGGAAGUAUUGAGAAUGGAC